AAACGGUCAGGCGGAACGAACAAGUAAUUCCCGCGGCUUUUACGAUUUCUGAAAGUUUUGCUAUAUAAUGGCAGGCGACGAGAUCAACAAUGGCUUUGGCGAAUGCGGCUACUUCGAGGCCAAGAAGUCCAAGCUCGAAGAACAAUUCGCUGCCGCCAGCGAUCCAUUUCGCAAGUCGAAUUUAUUCCAAGGCAUUUCGAUAUUCGUCAAUGGAUUGACGGAUCCAUCGGCCAACGAGCUGAAGCAAAUUAUGAUGGUACAUGGCGGCACAUUUCACCACUACGAAAGGUCGCACACGAAGUUCAUCAUUGCAUCCAAUCUGCCCGAUGUCAAGGUGCGCAACAUGAACACGAGCAAAAUCAUAAGCGCGCAAUAUAUCGUGGACUGUGUGGAAAACAAACGGGUGCUGGACUACAAGCCAUAUUUGCUGUACACCAACCAGAAGACCACUCAGCCCAGGCUGGUCUUUGGCAAGGGCAAAAACACGAGCAGAGCAAAUGAAACAAUGGCAGUGUCCAUGUCUGAGACUGCGCCAGAACCGCCGCCUGUAGAGAAUGAUUUGGGCAAAAUUCUGAAGGUCUUGCAGCUGGCGGCUGUUGCUGCCACCUCGCCCAAGAAGGAGACGGCAGAUAAAACUGUGGCAGAUGUCUCCACUCUGUCCCACAGCGUGCGCACUGCCGUCGACCCGGCAUUUCUCGGGGAAUUUUACAAGAAUUCGCGACUGCAUCACAUUGCCACACUCGGAGCGGGCUUCAAGCAGUACGUCUGCGAGCUGCGCCAGGCACAUGGCAACCAGCCAUUUCCCAAACGAAACGAACUGCGUUCAGUGCUCAGCGGCAAGCAGGAGAUGAAUGCGGACUCUGCCCACUACGUCAUGCACAUUGACAUGGAUUGUUUCUUCGUGUCCGUUGGUCUGCGCUCGCAUCCGGAGUGGCGCGGCCUGCCGAUUGCUGUGACCCACUCAAAGGGUGGCAGUGCAGCCACGGAUGUGCCCGUCCAUCCACAGUCCGAUCGCCAGGCCGAGCGUGCGCUCUUUGCCGAUCGGUUCGAGCAUCAGCUGCACGACAAUUUCCGGGCGGAUAAAGUUCGCACUGGCUUCGAGAAGAAAAUGUCGCUGUCGGAGAUCGCUUCCUGCAGCUACGAGGCUCGUGCCAAGGGCAUUCGCAAUGGCAUGUUCGUGGGGCAGGCGCUGAAGCUGUGCCCCGAACUAAAGACAAUUCCCUACGACUUUGAGGGCUACAAGGAGGUGGCCUUUGCCCUGUACGACACUGUGGCCCAGUACACACUGAACAUUGAGGCUGUCAGCUGUGACGAGAUGUUCGUGGAGCUCACGGAUCUGGUGGCGGAUCUCCAGGUGGAUGUUAUGACAUUUGUGGCUCAUCUCAGAGAGGAAGUGCGCAGCAAGACGGGCUGCCCCUGCUCUGCGGGUGUCGGCAGCAAUAAACUGCUUGCACGCAUGGCCACCAAGAAGGCCAAGCCAAAUGGUCAGUUCCUGCUCGCUCCCGGCAUCGAUGUGUUGGCCUACAUGGCGCCCACACCGCUGGAGGAGCUGCCGGGCGUGGGCUCAAGCAUGCGGCACAAACUGGCGCAGGCUGGCCUGCGCAACUGUGGCGAUGUGCAGGGCACAUCGCGUGAGAAACUGGAAUCGCUGCUGGGAAAAAAGUUGGCUCUGACAUUGCAGCAGCAUAGUCUUGGCAUUGAUACACGUCCGCUGGUCUAUGAGCAGCAACGCAAAUCUGUCUCCGCUGAGGUCAACUAUGGCAUACGCUUCAGCAAUGCCAGCGAGUGCGAGACAUUUUUGCGUCAGCUCAGUGCGGAAGUGAAGACGCGUCUAACAGACAUAAAACGCAAGGCCAAAUCGGUUACGCUGAAGGUCAUGGUGCGUGCCGCUGAGGCGCCCAUUGAGGCAUCCAAAUUUAUGGGCCACGGCGUGUGUGACACCCUGAACAAGUCAGCAAUGCUACAACAUCCCACUGAUGACGUUAAUAUCAUCACUUCGAAUGUACUCAAACUGAUGAAAGAGUUUGACUUGCCGCCGCAUGAGCUGCGUGGCAUAGGCAUACAUCUAAGUCGGCUAUCGGACGUCAACGAAGUGAAAAAGGAAAACGUUCUGCUGCAAAUGUUUGAGAAAAUGUCAGAGAAGCGAAAGAUUGAAACCACCGCCGUGGAAGUGCAAGAGGAACCGCAGCCUGAGCUGGAGCAGGCUGAGCAGCAGCAGCAGGUCGAUUUGGAGCCCCAACAACCAUUAGACAUGUCAUCAGAAUGGAAGAACUCCACCAAUACAUCGAUCAAAAAUACAGCGGUUGAUCCGGAGGUUCUUGCGCAGCUGCCGGAGGAUAUACGGCAGGAGGUGCUCGACAAUAUGGAGGAACAUCUGCAGCCCAAGCACUCGGAGCAGCGUGGCAGAAAGCGUAGAAAGCCAAAAAAUGCUGUUCGCAGGUCCCUGCCGUUUCCGUCAGCUCCCGCGCCAUUGUCGAAAGUCUCAGCGAACAAGCCCUCAAAUAGGGCGCAGCACUUACGACAUGAAUUGAGCAAACGCUACCGCGGUGGCGGUCAAACGGAUGAAAUUGUGAUGGACUAUAUCGACAAGGUGUCCAAUCAUGUGCAUCCUGCCAUUUUUGAGUAUAUCUCACGCCCGGAGGUUGAGGUGUCGCAGAACUUACAGGGAGCAGCAGCAGCGCCCCGCCCUCAGCCUCCAGCUACGCUGCAAAACUAUCUGCUGGGCAGCAACUACAAAACUAUGCUAGCCGACUGGGUCAGCAAUCAAAGGUAUCCCAAUCACACGGACAUUAUAACAAUGAAUGAAAAGCUCGCCGAGUUGGUCAAAGGCCGCUACAGUAGUCGGAUUUAUGACAUAAUGAAGCAUCUGUGCAGGCUGAUCAAACACAAACACGAAGACGUCUGCGAGUGGCACAUGGCCUUCAGGUUCAUCGAGGAUACUGUCCAGCAUCAUAUGAUGGAAUUUGAGGGUUAUCAAAUGAUGCUUGCAGAGAGCAUCAGCUGCGUCAUGUGUGAGCCUAUGUGAUGUUUACAAGGCAGUGCACGAAUGGCCAUGGGCCAAGAAGUCGUCUUCCCUCUAAAACUCCUUGAGAGAUUACAGAAAUUACAAUUUAAAGCAGAGCAUAAAUAAAUGUUCUGGAAUUUCA